UGCCCACAGCCUGGGUACAGCUUGUGGCCACCCUGCCCCCAUCAAGGGCCACCUACACAUGAGGACAGUGAUGUGACCACGCUUCCUGUCCCUUGAUCCAAAGAGCCGCCAGCCAGGGGACAGGUGGCCCCAGCAGCGAGUGACAGCCAGUGCCCAUGGCCGGGGACAGCGGGAUGGCCGGGAAGGUGGCGCUGCUCCUGUGGGACUGGCUGGUGCUGCAGGUGCCGGCGCGGGCACUGCUGGAGAGGGACACGGUGACACUGCGCUGCCGGGGCUGGCAGAACAAGCCGGUCACCUCGGUGUCCUUCUACCGCGAUGGGAAGAAACUGGGGACGCUUCAGGAUGGGACCGAGCUGUCCCUGUCCCCUCUGCAGCUGAACCAUAGCGGUCGCUACCACUGCAGGGGCUGGCUGGUUUUCUGGGAGAGGUGGGAGCAGUCGGCGCCAGUGGCAGUGACAGUGCAGGUGCCCGUGGCCAAUGCCACCAUCACCCCCGGUCCCCCGGCACUCCCGGUGACACCACUGCUGGAGGUGACACCACAGGGAACCACUGGACACCUCUGGCUCACAGUGCUUGCAGGCGUCUUUGGGUCCCUGCUGUUCCUGGUCCUGCUCGCUGUGGCCUUUUAUUGUGGGCACCGCACGGCUGCCAGGAAGCUCCAGGGAAGGGCCCCCCCGCUGGAGGAUCCUCAGGCCACCUACAUGGAGCUGCGGGGGCCACACGGGCAACCUUGGGAACCCAGUGACAUCUAUGGCAAUCUACAGCAAAACCUCCAGGAAGCCCCAGGACAGGACCCCCCGCAGGAGGGGGCUGGGCUGGACCCCCACGUCGUGGGCACCGAGCGGGCAGGGGGGACCCCCCCAUCACCUCCCCCAGGUGAGCACGAGGAGCUGCCGGGACCCCACGGGCGACAGCGGGACCCCAAUGACAGCUACGAGAACAUUCUGUGACACUGGGGACACUGGGGGACACUGGGGACACUGGGGACACUUGGAGACCCCACCAGAGGGCCCCCCCCUGUGUGUCCCCCGCCAGGUUCCCGCACUGGGCUGCUGCCUUGGUCUCUUGUGGCCGGGCGCUGCCGGUGCUGGUGCCGGGAGCGAUUGGUGCAAAGCGUGAGUUUGCCAAAGGAGCGAUUUGCCCUGGUCCCUCCCGGCCGAGGACGCCAUGGCCCCUGAGGGGUUGGAGCUGGCACCGGGGCGCCCCCUGCUGGCCGGGAGUGCUCCCUGCAGCGCCCCCUGCUGGCCGGGAGUGCUCCCUGCAGCGCCCCCUGCUGGCCGGGAGUGCUCCCUGCAGCGCCCCCUGCUGGCCGUGCCCAGAACUGCACCAAAGAUGAACAAACAGCCCUGAGCAGGUUGGAAAUUUC